AUGACACUCGUCCAAAGAGCCGUCGGUCAAGACCGUUUACUCGCCUUCGCCGCCAUCGUUGUUGUUGUCGUCGUCGUCGUCUCCUCUUGGCCCUUGGCAAGCCCCUCCAACGCUCAAGAGUCCCAGCAACGUGCUCGCUUUCUUUCUGCCGCCCCCUGCUUCGCUUGCACAUUACACGCCUCGACGGCGGUGGCCUACGUUGUGUCGUACACACACACACACACACACACACACAUAUCGCGGAAUCGCUCUGAUCUCUCCACCACCGCGAUGCAGACACAAACGAGGCAUUGGACCCUCGAUCCCGACCUCGGGAAGAUUGCGGCGUGCUGUUCGGGUUACGAGUGGGGACCGAGGGAGGGGCACUAG